AUGGCGCCCCCGGGCAAUAGGGGAUCAUGGGGCCCCUGUGUCCUUGCCCACACUCAAACCACACCCAAAAAAGCCUAUGAAAGAUGUGCAAAGAGACAUCCCCAAAAAGACUUGCAGCUGGAAGUUGCAGCCAAAGGGGGUCCUACACAGGGGUGGACUGACAACUCAUGGGGCCCCCGGGCAAUAGGGGAUCAUGGGGCCCCUGUGUCCUUGCCCAAACUCAAAAAAGCCUAUGAAAAAGGUACCAGGGGCAUCUCAUGGGGCCCCCUACUGACCCCGGCCCCUCGGGCAGUGCCUGAGUUUCCAAAUGGUCAGUCCGCCCCUGGUCCUACAAAGUAU